AUGCCGGCAAUUGAUUCCAGUCGCGAUUACUACGCGGAUCUCCAGCUGCCACCCACGGCGGACGUCGCCGAAAUCAAGAAACAGUUCAGAAAGCUAGCGCUCCUAUACCACCCCGACCGCAACCCAGGAAAGGAGGCCGAAGUCAACUCCAAAUUCCAGACCAUUCAAUCCGCGCACGAGAUUCUCAGCGAUCCCCAGCUGAAAGCCAAAUACGAUGCCAGCCGACCACGCUCCAGGUAUCCCACCGCCUCCGGGGUCAAAGGCAACCCAUGGCAAAAUGCCGGUUCCCAUUUCCCUCCGCCUCCACGAAGGACUGGUCCAACUGGUCCUGGCCCAACCCGCAACCCCCCACCGUCAGGUGCUCAGAAGUAUCGGAACUUUGCUGGUGCGGCACCCACAGCUAAGGCGCAUCCGCAUGCGCGGGAGGACCACAUGGAAGCAAAACGCAAUGCCUGGCAUGCUUUCGAACAAAUGAGGCCCAAUUCUCAGGGCAAGUCAGCCUACACGCAAGCCAAGGCCAGCAGACCCCCAGAGCCCCCUCCCACCCCUUCUCGACCCGUCCCCCGCACACCGGCACAGAAAGAGAGGGCUGAAGCCGCAUUUGGUGCAAAAACGUCGCAAUACGUCCCUCAAUCUCCCGUCGCCGGCGAUGAGCCUCCGGCGCGCUCCCCCGCCUCCCACCCCCACAACCGACACACCUAUGACCCGGCGGCAGACCCGUCAACCCGGACCCCCCGCGACUCCAUACCGGAUCCCCUGGCCCAGUUCCGUGGCUAUGACAAGCGGCAGAGCAGCCCAUACCAUAGCAGCAGCGGCGAGAGGACCAAUCCGUUUGAUGGCGCUACUAUUAACCGUACCAAGAGUACCAGAGAAACCUCUAGGCGAGACCAGCACGAAAGCGCCCCAGGUCUAUCAGCCGGCAGUCCGCGACAUCAUCGCAGCUCGAGCGCGCCUCGGACCGCCCGGUCGAACGAAUCGGGUGAAGACCGACCAUCUCCGGCGAACCCUCCGAACCCCCUAAACGUCCCCAGGCCAACCUUCCCUUCACGAGCAAGCGCCAGAUACACUCCUCCUGACCGGGUAAACGGCGCUGGGGCUACCAUUAACCCGACUCGAUUCCCGACAGACACCAAACCCGACAUCAAUGCAGGUGGUGGACAAUCCCCACAUAAGACACAAGGGCCUUCAAUGUAUGGCACACCAACCACCAACCCUUCCAAGACUUCGUCAUUCUCCGCAUCUGCAAGUAGCAGUACAGCUUGGCCUCCGGCUCCAACGUCACGCGUGCACGGUUUUGAGAUGUAUAGCAGUGGUGGUGGAAUGUUCAAGUCGGGGGGCAAGGGAGCUCGUUCUUCAACGUCCUCGUCUCCGAGUGGGGACGACACUAUUUCUUCUACCCCUGGAUCACUCACACCAUUCGAGCGCCAACAGGGUGAACUGCUCAAGGAGCUCAUCAAGGAAGCACACACACACACGUCCACUCAGACUAGACAACGGCGAUCAAGUCAAACACGCACGUGUGAUAAAACUCCCGCUGACAAGACAUCUCUGCAUAGCUUUAGCUUUCCGAUCAACGACGAUACCUUCACCCAAACAACCCCGGAACCGAAACGCUUCACCCGAACGAGCACUGACGACAUCAACACCAAGUUCGCUAACGACCAAGGUUCCGAGGCAUGGCAGUUCAAAGCGGGCGGUCCUCAGCAGGAAGACCCCUUCGGCAAGCGACCCGCGCAUUCUGGGAGCAGAGCUGGCCGAGAAUCGCCACUUAGACAGGCAGCACCGCCACGGCCGGCAAAGGAACCCCUCGACAAGACCCGCGAGGCAUCCCCCGCCGAGGCCGGGUUCGACGCGCAGGGUUGGGGCGAGCAGUUCGGCCCGCAAGUCUUCGCCCCCCAGCCGACUAGAGGCGCCUCGGCUUCGCCAACUCGCCCGUCUCGAUCCAGCACGAGAAAACACAGGACGGUGCAUCCGACGAUGGGCACAGCCGGUAUGGUAAAUGAGGAUAGUAGCGGUAGCGAGGGACGCCGCAGCGGCAGCGGCAGCGGCAGCGGUAACGGAAGUGACUCCCGGGACCGCCGGCCGGACGGAGUACCAGCUGGGUCCGACAGCCCCAUGGCCAUGGACAUCGACCCACCCUCAGUCAAAGCGAGCAGCGCGGGCGAUGCAGCAGAACCGAAGCCUACGGCACGUAACAUUCCGGUAGAACCCUCGCGUCCCGAGUGGAGACCUGGCGAUGUCAAGGGGAUGCAGGACGCCGGCCAGGCCAACGGAGAGCAGCAGAAGAAAUCCGCCCCGAAACCCCAUGUCGGCGGUUCCGAGGAUAGCGAGGAGUUCCGUGCCACUCUGGCCGAUCUCAAGAACGUGGCGCCGUUUGCCCAGCCGCCAGCAACAGGGCUUGGUUCUUUCAGCGAUCUCAAGACCAACCUGCCGUUCGAGAGCAAGGCGUCCGAUAAAAUCCCCAUCGCGAAGGAGAAGCACACCACCACCAGCCAGGAGCUCAACUUCCCGUUGGUGCCCCAGGCACCCACGCCCCCGCCUACUCUUGCCGUCUCCGGCCUCAAGCCGACCCUGCCGGCCUGGCAGAAGUACCUCGUGGAUUUCCAGAACUACAUGCAGCAGUGGGACGCCUUUACCGUCCAGGUCACGGAACACUUCAAUGCGCGCAAGGAGCAGAUUCUCCGGGCGCGCGAGGCCCGCGGCUACGCUUUCCUUGCGGCGCAGAGCGACAGCGGCAUUGAGGAGUAUCUUGAGUGGCUUCGACAGGAUCAGGGUGUCCGCAGGAAGUGGACCGCGGCGUGUGAAUCGCACGAGGGGCGCGUCCGGGAGUUUCUUGUCUACCGGCAGAAAAUGCGAUAG